AUUAAAUAUAUACGUUUAAAUACGUUUUAAGAACGAAUAAGAGUUGAGAUGAUUUUCCUUUUCUGAAUGAGAAAGGAACAUACAUGUACCUCAAAGUGUGUAACCGUGAAAGCAGGGGCAAAGACUUUAAUAGUGACACGAGAAUUGAAGCUGAGUUUUUGUGUUUCAGUUUCAGAGUGCAUUUCACAAACUAUAUUCUGAUCUAUCUUCACUACUCAUGUGUUGUUGUUGCUGCUGCUGCUCUUGGAGUUUCGUGCUACCUUAUUUGGGAAUCUUCCAAACUAUUUUUCAGCGGGAGAGGGAAAACUAAAGCAGAAGAAACUAAGGCUUGACUUCUAAUUGCUAAAAAGAACCAAAAGAAAAAGAGAUACAUGGGUUCUGAGAAGGAAGUAAGUGGUGACGGUUUGGCAUCUGCACCAAUAACAACAACAACAAGAGGUUCAAAGCAAAAGAACCUUGAUGAUUGGCUUCCCAUAACUGCUUCAAGAAAUGCGAAAUGGUGGUAUUCUGCUUUUCACAAUCUUACCGCCAUGGUUGGAGCUGGAAUUCUUAGCCUUCCUUAUGCCAUGUCACAUAUGGGUUGGGGUGCUGGUGUUACAGUGAUGAUCCUGUCAUGGAUAAUCACGUUAUACACGCUAUGGCAAAUGGUUGAGAUGCACGAAAUGGUACCUGGGGGAAAGAGAAAUGACAGGUAUCAUCAAUUGGGACAAGAAGCUUUCGGAGAAAAACUUGGUCUGUGGAUUGUGGUUCCUCAACAACUGCUUGUUGAAGUUGGUACAUGUAUUGUAUACAUGGUUACCGGAGGCAAGUCUUUGAAAAAGGUUCAUGAAACCUUUUGUCCCGAUUGCAAACAAAUCAGAACCACUUAUUGGAUCAUGGUGUUUGCUUCUGUAAACUUUGUGCUUGCACAAAUUCCUAACUUUAACUCUAUUUCCGCUAUCUCUGCUGGUGCAGCCGUUAUGUCUCUCAGUUACUCAACAAUUGCUUGGGCUGCGUCUAUCAAGAAAGGGAUUUCAAAAGACAUAGACUAUACUGUAAAAAUGAAAAGCACGAGCGAUGGUGUGUUCAAUUUCUUCUCUGCUUUGGGAGAUGUGGCUUUUGCAUACGCAGGCCACAAUGUGGUCCUUGAAAUCCAAGCGACAAUGCCUUCAACUGCGGAGAAACCUUCUAAGAUACCAAUGUGGAGAGGAUGUGUUUUGGCAUACAUUGGAGUUGCAUUAUGCUACUUCCCUGUUGCCUUUAUUGGCUACUACAUGUUUGGAAAUUCUGUGGAUGAUAACAUCCUCAUCACACUCCAACGCCCUGCUUGGCUUAUUGGCAUUGCUAAUUUGUUUGUUGUCAUCCAUGUUGUUGGAGGCUACCAGGUAUUUGCAAUGCCAGUGUUUGAUAUGAUUGAAACCUUCUUGGUUACACGGUUGAAUUUCUCACCUUCUACUACCCUGCGAUUCACAACUCGCUUUCUAUAUGUUGGAAUUACAAUGUUCAUAGGAAUUUGUGUCCCAUUUUUUGGGUCUCUUCUUGGAUUUCUUGGUGGAUUCGCAUUUGCUCCCACCUCUUACUAUCUUCCAUGCAUCAUAUGGCUUAAGCUCAAGAAACCUAAAAAAUAUGGCUUGUCAUGGACGAUUAAUUGGAUAUGCAUUAUUAUUGGAAUAUUGAUAAUGACACUAUCUCCUAUUGGUGCAAUGAGGAAUAUCAUUCUAUCAGCUAAGGAUUACAAAUUUUUCUCAUGAGCUUUAAGGAAUCAUUAUUCUGUUAUUGGGUUCAAAGUUGGUUGAUGGGAGAACGCAAAAAAGAAAAAGAAUUAAAUUAAGCACUUUUGAGGCACUUGAUAUAUAUAUAUAUAUAUAUAUAUAUAUAUAUAUAUAUAUAUAUAUAUAUAUAUAUAUAUAUAUAUAUAUAUAUAUAUAUAUAUACAAGACAUUGCAUUGUUUUGCCUAGCCUUGUAAAAAGAUGUCUUUAUAAAUUUAAGGUCUAGCUUUAAUUUAGUAGGAUUUUAUUUUGCCUUAUAAUCAAGUGCACAUAUAUUACAAAGAGUUUAUUAGACAGUCAAGUGCUUUAAUGAAUUUAUUAAUAUUGGUGUACGCAAAUAUUUAUUUCUUCUAAAAUUUGGAAGAAAAAGAGAAUGUGAUAAAUCAAUUCUUCUUGAACAUUUAUGAAUUUAGUGUGUACUUUGUUUAAAUAAAAAAUCAACUACCCAGUCUGAAUCUCUCGAGUAGAGAGAUGUUUAAAUUAGGGUUAUUUUGUGUGGCUUGUGACAGAUGAAGCUUUUGGUGAGUAUGUUAAGCACUCUUUGGUUUCGAUGCAACAAAUUUAUUUUUGAACCAACCGCAUCGCUGCGUGAAGAUUGCUUUCUUUCUUGCUAAGAAUUACCAUCUAGCCCAAGAGGAAGUGAAGAGAUGGAGAAGAAAGAUGAAAUUAUUGAUGAAGAUGCAAGUCAGGACCAAGUCAAAAGCAUCAUACAAAGUGGGUGUGGGUACCCAACUUAACUUCGUAGCAUGUGAAUUGGAGGAGUUGCAGGUAGAGGAUUCAUGGCACAUGCAAAAUGGCCACGUCAGCUCCGUCACCCCAUGACAUGAAGUGUAAUACAUACGAAAUAUAUAGGUUGAUAAGGAUUUUAGACCGAUUUGAUAAGUUUAAAAGUAAAUUACAUUUGAAGAGUGUGAGAGUAUUUAUUUAUAAUAGAGUUGAUAAUUAUUUUUGUU